GCUGAUCAAUUCUGAAUUCAAUCAUUUUUUGUAGAGUAACCAAGUCAAUACCUAGCAAAAACAAAAUAGAAGGAAGAAGUUCAACGAUUCAUACGAUCAGUGUUUGACAAAAAUGGAUGUUUCAAUGGUACCACAACCCUGCAUUUGAUUACAAAAGCUCACUAUGGCAUCAAGAAGAUCGGAAGUGCCAGGAAUGCAGCACCAUGGUAUGAUUCGAAACACCCUUCUCGAUGAUCUACAGAGUAUACUUCACGAGUAUCCAGAUAAUGAGCAAAUCAUCAAGGAGCUGUUACAAAAUGCAGAGGAUGCUGGUGCCCAUGUGGUCAAAAUGGGGUUUUGUCCCUCGUCCAAAUCAGACAAUCUACCAGAUCCAUAUAGGCGGUAUCUGUCUGGCCCUGCUCUAUGCUUUUACAAUGACUCAAUCUUUGAAGAGGGUGACUGGGAAGGAAUCACUAUGGUCAGGAAGAGCAACAAACAAGACGAUCCACUUAAAGUUGGGAAGUUUGGGAUUGGAUUCAAGUCCGUAUUUCACAUAACAGAUACAAUUUGUGUUAUCAGUGGAGCCAAAAUUCUGUUCAUCGACCCCUUGUCUGAGCUUCAGGAUCCAAACAAAGUUUGCAGUAUUGCCCCAAUAGCAAAUUAUGUGCAUUCAAAUGUGUGUGGUUCAAGGGGACUCGAACCAUUGUACAAUCUCUUUGGAAUUAAUGAACAGACAGCCAGAAAUGGGGAGUUCAAAGGGACAUUUUUCUGGUUUCCCCUUAGAAAAUCACCAUCACAAUUGUCAGAAAAUACAUAUUCACCCGAAAAAGUGGAAGAUCUGUUCAAGUCUUUUAAAGAAGAGAUGAGCUCUGAGCUCUUGUUUUUAACAUCGAUUGAAGAAAUCGGAAUAUACAAAAUUGAGAAUGAUAGUUGUGAAUCUGAGUGUACUAUUGCUAUUGAUCAAAGCUGUGCAGAGGAAACUAGAAAUGAAAGGCAGUGCUAUAAGGAAAAAAUCAAAGACAUUGAGAUAAAUAUGGCAGAAGAUGAUAGAUGGAUCAGUCAGUGCGACCCAGUAUGGUUGAAAAGUAUAGUUACAUACAAGAUCAGGAUGAAUGGAAUAGAGACCCUCCAGGUAUGGUUCAUAGUUCAAUAUUUCCAUGCAGGAAGUAUGAAUAAAGAGCUUUCAAAUCUCAUCAGAAAUCGGCGAUCUAAAUACAGACCAUAUAUUGGAGUUGCAGCCAGACUUGACAAACCUAUUCAGUGCAGUCAGUUAUUUUGCUUCCUGCCUCUCCCAUUUGAAGAUGAAAGUUCUACUGGAUUACCUCUUCACGUUAAUGGAUUCUUUGCUCUUGACAGUAACAGACAGCAUCUUAAAUGGCCAUCGCAUGAUCAAAAUAUAAGCCACUCACAUUUAGAAAAUGACAUGCUCUGGAAUGUACUAGUGGUACAAGAAAUUUUACCUGUGGUUUACGUGGAAUUUCUUCAGUCGUGGCAAAGUGAUAGGUUUGGAUCCGAGUUGAAGGGGAGAUACCUGGAAAUGCUUUAUCAUCACAUCCCAAGAAUGUCAACAGUAAGAAGUCAUUGGGCAUGUGUUGGAGAAAAAAUACACCAGCAUCUACUUGAGUCCCAAAUUCCCUGUCUUGAGAGUAGAAAUUGGAUUCAUACUAAAGAAGCAUAUUUUGCCGUCUUUGCAGAGAACACCCAGGAAGAGGAGAAAAAAAUUGUCACAGAACUUUAUCAAAAAUGUACAAAAAAGGUCGUAAUUUUGAAAGAACAUGAAGACCUCUUUUAUUACUGGAGAGAUUGUGAUAGCAAUGUUCAUUUAAAGUGUACAAAUCCCAAAGAAACCAGAAAUCUUCUUAGAGGAGACCCUACUUACAAACAAUUAGGUGUCAAUAGUAAAAGCCAUCUUCUUGUCUACAUUUGUAGUGAUGGACGUCUUUCAGAUUUAGAUGGAAUAGAGUUACUACCUCUGCAAAAUGGGAAAUAUGGAACUUUGCAAAUAGAAAGGAAUUGGCCUCAAAAUACUUUUUACUUAUGCAAAGAGGAAGAGCUGCAGAUUCUGAAUGGAAAGGAGAGUUUUCUGAUUUUGAAUACAGACACUAUCUCAAAAAUUGGAAAAGUUUUAGAGUCCCUUGCAUCAACAGGACAAUAUUCAUUCCACAACUUGAAUGUCGAUUCCUGUUUACGAUUUUUGAAUGAGAUCAUCCAGCAGCAGACAGAAAGAAUCAGAGAUCCGGGGUUUUUGAAAGAUAGCGAUGCUAUAUUUGGAGAACGUUGGUUAAAGAAAGUUUGGUCAUAUUUAAAACACCAUUGUUCUUCAUCUUUGGAUCUUGUUCGUGAUCUUAAUAUUAUUAAAACCAAAGAGUCAGGGGUACUCAAAAAAGUAUCUGAUGCAUUUAUCAGCGAAAUUGCCACAAAUGCCUUGCAAGUUGAAGUCUUGAGAAAAUUCAAAAUUUGGAUAAUUGAUAUGAAUUUCCAUGAUCAUCCAUUACUUGCACCAGGAUGGGGAAUUGUUGAAGAAAGUACAAAUGAUGGGAAGAGAAAGCUUUUACAACGUUGUAUACAGAACGGUAUAAGUCCCUUUAACAACACCUGUUCUGAUGCUGAGAGGGAGUGGUUCAAAGAAUUCUUGCCUGUUGCUCUCCCAAAAUCAUUGAUCUCGGAUUUAGAGCAUCUGAAGUUAUUCAAAUGUUUUUCAAGUGUCCAGAAAUCAAGUCAAAUUGGUUACAAAUCCUUGAAGGAGUGUCGUGAUGUGUACGUUGGAGAUAACGACUUUCCAAUUCAGUUUCCAAAAGUAAUGGUUAUUUCAUCCACAAGAAAAGAAGAGCAACUUCUCUCUGAACUUUCAUCAGAAAAAGUAGAUCUCACAGUGUGUGUACAGGAAUCGCUUGAAAAAAUUACAAAAGGUCGCAUUUCACUCAGUGAAGAAAAUAAACGAAGGUUUUGUUUUUAUGUUUUGAAAAGGCAGUCAAUGCUUAGAAACUGGUGGAAGAUUCAAACCGAUUUGAAUUCGGUCAAAUUUAUCAGAAAUGGAAUGGGGAAACAUUACUCAGCAAAUGAACUUUAUGAUCGAAAUGAUCAGACGCUUCGACAGCUUUUUCUUACAGAACAUAAAUUUCCAGAUGAGGAUUCAGAAAAAAUGGACUUGCUGAAGCAUUUGCAGUUUCAGAAUAGAAACAGUUCAGCAUUCAGGAAUGAUGUUGUGCAAACAUGUAAGCUGAUUGAUUCAGUGAAUGUUGAACCAGUCAUCAAACUGAAAAAGUCAAAUGCCCUAUUGUUUACUUUUCGACAAGACCAAAAUCUUUUCCAUUCAGUUUGCAAUUCAAUUCACAAGUUCAAAAUUGUGCCAUUUAAGCAGGACAGGGGAGAAAAAUACCCCCCAUCAAUGGAAUGGUAUUCGAGUCAAGAAAAGUUAGUUUCUUUGGAUAUGAUUUACAGUUCAAAGUUUGAAUACAUAACUGGAUCAGUUCUGCCCACAUCAACUCAAGAAUGGGAGGAACUUGUCGAUACCAAUAAGGCACCUCUGUUGAAUGCAGUCAUAGAACAUUUUUGCCUGGCUACAAAAUGUUAUAGGGAAGAUGAGCACGCGGGAUACAAUUACAUAAUGAGAGAAGUAUAUCAGUAUUUAGCUAAUGAAAAUUGGAUACGUUUUGCCUCAUCAGUUCCUCAAAAAUGCGUUCUCACAGACUUUGGAUUUAUAAAGGCUGCAGAUAUUUACAUUGAACGAAGCAGAGCAGAUGUAGAUUUAGCCCCAUAUUACACUUCAUUACCAAAGGAGUACAGCAGCUUGAAAGAAUUUUUUGCUGGACUAGGUUGUAAUAAAAAACAAUCUUGUCAUCUGCUCGUUGAAACACUUGAAAAAAUUAAAGAAAAACAAUUGAAUGCAGAAGUCACGAUUGAUGACCGCCAGGACAUAGAGCAAGUUGAGACAAUUUUGAAGAGGCUAUCAGAAUCUACAGAAGAGGAAUUAUCUGAAAUUAAGGAGGAUAUCCUGGUACCAAUUCAUAGCCAAGAUUCACCUAUCCUAACCUUUCGGUUUGCGCACGAAUGUGCAUACUCUGAUUCAGAUUGGUUCAGCAGAACGUUCACAGAAGACGAUAACAUUUGUCUUGUUCAUUCAAUGAUUGACAAAGAGAUAGCAAAGAAACUUGGUGUUAAAUCAUUAAAACAAUAUACAUUGUCAGAUGCAGAAGACGUCUACUCAGAAUUUGGACAAUCAGAACCAUUAACCCAGCGUUUGAAUCGACUUUUAGAAGAAGGAUACACAGAUGGAUUGUCUGUUCCAAAGGAGCUGAUUCAAAAUGCGGAUGACGCUGGGGCAUCUGAAGUGUAUUUUCUCUAUGAUGAAAGAAAAAACAAGGAUGCAAGAAGUUGCCUCAUAGACCCUAAAAUGGAAGGAUGUCAAGGACCAGCGUUAUGGGCUUUCAACAAUGCUGUUUUCUCUCCAAGUGAUUUUCAAAAUAUUCAAAAACUUAGCGGAGCAACAAAGAAAGAGGACUCUACAAAGAUAGGGAAAUUCGGCCUAGGUUUUAAUGCAGUUUACAACUUAACCGAUGUCCCAAGUUUUGCAAGCGGAAAUCAUUUGGUAUAUUUAGAUCCACAUGGAAAAUAUUUAGGAGAGGCCAUUAUACAUGAGAGAAGUCCAGGGAUAAAGCUUAAUCUUUUGAAUCAAACCAUGCUUCGUAAGCUUGAAAACCAAUUUAAGCCUUUUCAAAAUGUAUUUGGAUUUAAAUCGUCAGAGUUUUCUGAAAAGAAAGGAUAUAGUGGAACGAUAUUUAGAUUCCCUUUGCGUACAAAACACCAAGCUCUUACUAGUCAAAUCAGUUCCAAAGAAUACUCUCGAGAGGAAAUGGAAAAACUUAUGAAAAUGUUUUGCAAAUCAAGCGGAAACAUGCUCCUCUUCACUCAGAAUGUUAAAAAAAUUAAACUCUUUCAUGUCGGAGAAAGAAGUACAAAUCCGGAUAAAGAUAUGGAGCUGAUACUUACUAUCGAAAAGGAUGAAAACUUUGGAAAUUCAGUAAUGCUUAGCAAUGAAAACAUUUUAAGUGCAGCUUCAAGGCAGUGUAGUAAAUUUGACAAGUCCGUACACUUUGCAUUAGUAUGUAGAACAAAAAUAACAAUUUCUUCUUGGGGUCACACUUGGGUUGAAAAUUUAGCAUCCAAAGAAGAAACCAACUGGUUAAUUUCAUGGGCACUUGGAAGAAAACAGUCUUUAAAACUCUUCAGAGAGAAAAGUAGUGACGGAGCACUUCCAUUAUCUAGCGUUGCAAUUCCAGGGGAUAUAGUGAAUGGAAAUUUUUUGCCUCGCCUUCUUUGUACAAGUUUAUCUAAUUUUCAUAGGUAUGGAUUCUAUGAUACAAGCCAUAUGUUUUGUUUUUUGCCAUUACCAAUCAAUACUUCAUUAGCCUUUCAUGUCAAUGGAACAUUUGCUGUAUCGUCUGAUCGUCAGCGGUUACUGGUGAGAACAGAAGAUGACAAAGAAAAUACAAAACAAACAAUAUGGAAUAACUCUCUGAUAUCAGAUGCAACGUUGGAGGCACUUCUAGAGCUCCUUAUUGUUUUGAAAAAUACCACAACAGAAGAUGAUGUAUUUUAUGAAAUAUGGCCAAAAGAAAGUAAGGAGUAUUUCUGGGAGACAUUUCAGGAUGAAUUUUACAGAUGCAUUGUGGAGCGUGAAUUACCCUUGUUCAAAACUCAUCUUGGAUUCAAAAAAUUUCAGGAUUGUGUUUUUUUGCACACAAAUAUAAAAGCAGACAAAGAAUUACAUCAAAUUGCUAUCGACAUUUUGAAGGAAACCCACUCAGAUAGUAGAGUCAUAACGGAGAUACCUAAUAACGUGUAUAAAGAAUUGGAACUCUGUCUUGGUGAAAUCUUUUCUAAGCACGUAAUUACUUAUGAGAAGUUUAUAACUGAAAACUUCUUGCCAAAUGUAUCUCUUUUCCAUGGGGAAAAAUAUGACCGUGUUGUUCUGGGCGCAAUAAGAUCAAGAAAUAAUGUCAUUCUUACAGCAUUGAAAGAAAGUAAAUGUAUUGCAACUUGUCCAAGUGGUACCAAAAAAUCGCCUAAGAGCUUAGUGCAUCCCCACUGUGAUGUAUCUGGAUUAUUCAAAACAGAUGAUGAACGAUUUCCUGACAAAAAAUUUUGUAAAGACGAUGACCUGGAAGUUCUUGUUGGACUUGGAAUGAUGAAAUAUGAUAUACCAUUUGAACUUUUGCAUUCACAAAUAUUAGACAUUAUUAACUUGUCGAAACUUUGUACACUGUGUGCAUUGCUCCGAUCUAAAGAAAUUGUAAGCUAUAUAAAUAGGAAAUUUGAAACCUUUACCAAGGAAAAUUUAGACGAAAUAUCUGUCAUUGCUUUUCUACCAGUGGGGAAAAAACCAGUUCACUGGCCUGUAAAAUGGUACAGUGAUACUGGGAAGCAGCAACAUGUAAUGAAAUGUAAAAUGCACGUGGAAGAUGCAGAUAAUAUUGAUUGGUUUGAAAAACCAUGCAAUUUGUAUUUUCCUUCGGUACAAAAACUGGUUGGAUCUUCACAAGCUGUGAUAGGUAGAUAUGAAAUGUAUUAUUAUUAUGAAAGGGCACUACAAUCACUUGGUGUGAGAAAGGAAAAAGAUGUAGAAUUGGAAACCCUAAAACAUCAACUUACUGAAAUAACAAAGGUUCCAGAAGGAGCGCAAAACAAAGAUAUUGAAGAAAUUUGCUAUGAAAUAUAUAGGGUUUUUGCACAACGAAUAUCGGAAACAGGCGUAAAAGAUUUCAUUCAGACGAAUUUUUCAGAUCUUUGUUGUAUCAUUACUGAAAAGAAAUUCGCAUUUCCAAAACAAGUCAUCUUUUCUUUGAAGCAUGAUUGCUGUCCUCACUUUUAUGGUUUAAGACCAAAGGAUGCCGAUCGCUUUUUUUCUUUGAUGGAACUCUUUGGUGUUCGGGAAUCAUUUGAUUCUGAGGAUAUUAUUCACGUUUUAUUCACAAUGAAGGAACACUAUGGUGAAAGAAGAAUGUCUAAAGAGGAUUUGGGCUUAGUUUGCAGAAUUGCAAUGCUAUUGGAAAAUUGUGAUUGCAUUCCAAAAGAAAAUCUGUACCUUCCAGAUUCAAAUGGUUUCUUUUGUCAUGUAAAUGAUUUGUGCAUUGAUGAUUUUGACUGGAUUACAAGAACCUCAUCAAUGAGAUUUUUAAAUAUUAAUUUACCACUUAAAUUAGCAAAGGUGAUAGGAAUCAAAUCCAAAAGAGACCACAGCAUCUUAAUGGAUUCUGAAGAGCUUGGUGACGAAUUCGGGCAACACGAAGAACUUACAACUCGAAUAAAACGGAUUUUGGACGGAUAUCCACAGGCUUGUAUAUUGAAGGAACUUCUUCAAAAUGCUGACGAUGCUGGUGCGUCAGAGCUCCAUUUCAUCAAAGAUUUUAGAUCACAUGGUACUGAGCACAUUUUUAGCGACAGUUGGAAGGAAUUGCAAGGACCGGCAUUAUGUGUUUAUAAUGAUAGUGUUUUUACCGAGAAUGAUUUGAAAGGAAUUCAGAACUUAGGAAUUGGAAGCAAGUCAGACGAUCCAACAUCCACAGGACAAUAUGGUGUAGGCUUCAAUGUCGUUUACCACCUUACUGAUGUUCCUUCAUUUAUUACAAGAGAUUUUAAAACUGGCUUAGACACCCUAUGCGUUUUAGAUCCCCAUCUGAGAUAUAUACCACAUGCAUCUCAAACAAAACCAGGCCGAAAAUUCAAGAAUGCAUCUACAACUGUGGGUUUAAAAUUUACAGAUAUUAUGCCUGGUUACUUGGAAAAUAGUAGCAUUUGGAAGUCACAACGAGGUACUUUAUUCCGAUUUCCACUACGCUGUAAUGAUGCCUCAUCCCUGUCUCACAGGAAAAUUACUUGUGAAGGUUUAGAGACACUCUUGAGAGAUCUUGAAAAAGAAAUGGCUGAAUGUCUUUUAUUCCUCAACCAUGUUAGGACAAUUUCAGUUUCUUCAGUGGAAAAAGAUGGCACUCUCAGACGAGAAUUUAUUGUCAAGGCAGAAGCUACAGAUGAAUCAAAGACGAAAGUAGAGUUGCACAAAAUCACAAAUGAAACUCGAAAACAAAUGGAGAAAAAUGCAACAUAUGUAUGCGAUGUAGAUAGAAAAGAAAUAAUGUAUCGUUUAAAAGUCGAUAUUGACAACAAAUACACACAAGAAUGGCUGAUUGUUGCUGGAUUUGGUUUUGAGAAUGAAAAGAGAAUUCCAGACAGUGUAAGAAAAGCAUACAGAGAAAAAAGGCUUGCCUUAUUACCAAGUUCUGGUGUUGCAUUUAACCUAAAGAAUAAAACGCUUCACAAGAAUCAAGAUGGAACAAAAAUCACUCCAUUGAUUUUAAAUCAUUUUAAAGCAUAUUGCUUUUUGCCACUUCCGCUCAUUACAGGUUUGCCAGUUCACAUCAAUGGGCAUUUUGCUUUGGAUCAUGAGGCACGUCGCAAUAUUUGGUGGCCAGAUGAGGCAUCAUCUGAUCUCAAACUAGAGUGGAAUAAAUGCUUGAUUGAGAACGUCAUUGUACCAACUUACCUGUCAACUCUCCAACAUCUAAAAACUGCAUUGUUUCCAGAAAUAAUUUCAAGAAAACCGUGGUCACAACUUUACAAAUAUCAUCGAGCAUUUCCUUAUAUGAGAACUCUAAAAGGCAAGGUAUGGGAGUUUACAGCAAAAGCUUUAUAUAACCAGAUUACAGAAACCGACCGUUCUUUAUUUCCAAUUGUUCGUAGAGACUACCAGAAGAUGGAAAUAGCAGAUGGAAAUGAGAAUGAGAACGAGAUGAAUACCAAACAGGAAAAAAGUAAAUCAAAUAAACCGGUUAUACAAGAGGAGCCGUUGGAAAUCAGAUGGGUGGCUAUAGCGUCAGGUUCUUUUCCUGCUUACUUUGAUGAAAUAAAAUUCCAGGUGAGAAGCGAUUUUAAAAGACAAAAUUACGAUAUAUUUUAUGGUCUUAAGUAUAAUGAGAUCAUGAGCUGGGCCUCUAAACAGUCAGAGUUUUUAGCAGGUGUUUUGAAAGACAUUGGGAUGAAGCUUAUAGAAUCACCAUUAUGGAUAUUUGACAGCAUGGAAUGUGUUGGUGCCAAGGUCCAAAAAGUGUCCCCAGGUUCUGUGUUACAGUUUUUGAAAUCGUAUGAUUCUAGUGAUAUAGACAAGUGUAAAAUUGAAAAAGUAAAUAUACAUGUUUCUGAGACCAGAUUCCGUUGCAUCGAAGGAGUUGUGUAUCUACUUGAUUACUGUUUAAAAGAGAGUAAAUUGAGCUCUGCUGAAUUCGAACAUGUUCCUCUUCUUCUAACAGCAGAUCACCAAAUACAUGAGUUCAAUGAUACAGACACUGUUUUUAUUACAUCAUUUCCAGAAUUGCUGCCUGCAUUUGCGAACAAAAUUGUUCAUUUGGCAGAAUUUUCCUUAUUGAAAAACAAAGUUUUUCAUCCUUUUGUAAGGAAUUUGCAAAUUGAAGACUUUGCUAGUUGUGUUUCACGCAGUAUUCCCUUGCGAUUUUGUAGGGGUUUACCGGAGUCCUGGAAUCAACAUUCAGAUAACAUCCUAAAUUCACACUGGAUGAAAAAAUUUUGGUGUUUUCUCGCAGAAAACCUUGCUUCUCUUGAAAAGGAACAACUCUUUAAAAAAAAGUUAGAAAACCAAACAUCUUCCAAUGAGAACGAGAAACUACAAAAUGAUGUAGAUGUUCCAAUUGUGAUACUGCAUGGUAGGAUCAUGAAACAUUUAGGAGAGUUCAGUCUUCUCCCUGUUUUUCGAAAUAAUGAACACUUACUAUAUCCUUUUAAAGAUGGAAAACAUGUUCUGAAAAUAAUGCCUGAGGUUGAUGGACCAGAACAAGGAUCAAUGCUGUUAUUGAAUGUUCCAGUCAUUGACGAGGACUGCUUGCCAUCGAAAAAACAUGGAUACUUUAUUGCAGAACGGCCUGUGAUUGAACUAGUAAAAUCUUUAGUAGCAACAGUGGAUAGCGUUCUGGAUACUCUUGAUUGUCUGUUUAACAACAGAAAAUAUUUGAAGUUGGAAAGUGAAGCUUGCACAGUAAUGUUAGAUUUUUUUGCCAAGCGUAUUGGAACUUUAAAAAAAGGAAAAGACUGUCAAAACAAACUUAGAUGUCUGCCCUUCUAUUCUGGUCUGGACAAAAAUUAUAUUACAUUGUCAACAGACAACAUUCUAGUGUUGCCUGAUGGCAUUCCCGAUGAUGGAAUGAUUCAGUUUGGUGCAGAAAGGAACAUUCUGUUUAUCAGAUCGAGUAAUCUUUCCGAAGAUUUCUUGACGUAUUUAGGUUGCAAAGUAUUGUCGAGGACGGAAAUUUACAUUUAUCAUUUAUUGCCUAAUUUCAAAAUCUUGCCAUCAACAGCCAUUAUGCAUCACUUGAAAUUUCUCAAGGAUAUUGUUUUACCAGAACUUGGUUAUUAUCCAAGUAAAAAAGAGAAACAGCAGUUGAAAAUGUUGGAAUAUUUACUACAAGAAAUCGCUUUUCUCCCUACUGAAUCAGGCACUUUGGCGCGUGCAUGUGAAUUUUUUAAUCCACACAAGGAUAUUUUCAGAAUUGAAAACGAACUUUGUAAUGCAUCCGAAUUGCCCCUUCCUCCAUUUGAUGAUGAAGAAUGGGAAUCCUUUCUUGUCCAUUGUGGAAUGAAGAAUGAGAUUACACCGAAAAUUUUUGUGGACUUUGCACAUCGAUUGCAGAAGUUAUCCAAUUCUGGAAUCUCAAUAAAGGUAUCGGAUAACUCAAAACUCAUGGUGAGGAUACUUUUUUCGGAGGAAAAUGAGCUUUUAAAAAGUCAUUAUUUGAUCAGAGAGAUACAGACCAUCAAGUUUCUUAUUCCUCAUUGCGUGCAAAAAAUAUACUUGUCAGUGGCACAUCAGUUUGAAAAUGGAAAAAGACUAGUUUCUUUCUGUGAUUCAACAACAAAUGAAAAUGAACUUCUAGUAUGGUCGGUGAUGGAUGUAAUUGCCGAGGAUCUGAGUAAUAUGAUGACCAAGUCGGACAUGGUUAUAGCAACAAGAAAGUUGGGUCUAUGUGAAACACCGUCUAUGGAUAUUGUUCUUGAUCAUAUGAAAAUUGUGUUCACUUCUCUCAAAGAUAAAAUGGAAGAAUUUUUUGCUGAAAAAGAUGGAGCUGAGAGGGCCGUUACUACUAUGAUGAAUAAAAUAUACACAUAUUUGCAGAGUAAUGGAAACGAAAAGUCAAAGAAGAAUUUGAAAACAUUGCCAUUUAUUUUCAUAAAAGACAGAAAAAUGCUUGCAUUACCUGAACAUGUUGUGUUGGAUAUCAACAAAUCUGAAGAAAUACCCCCAUACUUGUGUAAAGCCCCUUUGUAUUUUGGACAAUUUCAUUCAAUGUUUGAGAUGCAUGGGGCAGCAAAAUCUCUAGAAUGCAGUCAUUUAGCCAAAGUCUUGUAUGAAGUAUGGAAGAAAUCAAAAGGUAAUGUGUUGGAACCUAAUGAAAGAUUCAGCACAGAAAGAGCCGUACAAAUGCUGUUUAUGAAACUCAGAACAGAGAAAAUUGUUGAUUUGAAGGUUCCAACUUUGUAUCUACCCAGUAAAAGAGGGACUUUGAUUCGCAGUAAUUCUUUGGUAUUCGUAGACCACAAACUUUUAGAGGAUAGAAUUGGUGACAACAUGCCAGAUAUGGAUUUCUUUGUGGGGUUCAAGGAGUUGAAUAUAGAAGUGUUGGAUCCUGUUUUCGAGAUAACUUUACUACCAGAGAAACAUAGGCCACAUUUGCUUACAAAGGUUGUGAUUGAAAAAUUAGAAUCAGAUUGUAAAGCAUUGAUAACCCCUUCUGAUUAUGGAACAAAACUGCAGAGAUUCUUGCACAGUCCUGACUUUUUUGCUGGCAUGUUUAGACUUGUUAGGCAUGAACUGUACAAUAAUAACAAGAGCUGUGGAGAAAAUGAAAUAGAUAAUUUGAAAAAACUCCAAUCAGUCCUUAUCAUUUGUGUUGAAAAAUUGACAACAGUAAUGACGUAUGAAAACAAACCAUUGCCAAAUACUUCAAAAAACAGGUUACUGUUUUCAAUAGAAGAAUGUGACGAAAAUGGCGUUUCAAAAUUAGUCAUAUAUUUUAAAGUUGUCAAGGGUACAGAUUUGAUGUUGUGGGUAAACAGUAUUGCUACAGAAGUUUCAAUAAGCAUAAAUGCAUUCCUUGGUAAACCUCUAAAAGAUAAUCAAAUACAUCUACCAGGUGUAUUGAAAUGCAUACAAAAUCCUAGUGCAAUUGAAAACGAAUUGGAUAUUCUAGAAAUAAGAAAGAUAGAGGAAGGAACAUUGUCAAAAUUUCGCACAUUUAUGCCAGAACUUGGCUCAGAAAUACCGAUAUCUCUUCACCAUCUUUUAGAUAACUCGUGUACGUACGUUGCACCAGGGGAAUUCGUGGCAUACGAACUGUUUGAUCCAAUUAUCGAUGAAGAUGACGCUUGUGACACAGAACCAGUAUAUAUUUUGGCAAGGAUUUUGAAAACUAUGUCAGAUCGUUCGGAUUGUUGUCCAAAUGCUGAUGAAUGGAGCAUACGUUAUCUGAUAGAUGUUGGGAACGAAGAUCCUAUUGAAGCGGUUGCAUCCAAAGUAUAUAAAUUUAUAAGAAACGAUAGUGCCGAAAAGAGCAUUGAUGUUGUAGAUGGCGCCGUAGUGUUUAAAUGGAAUAAUGACAAAGUCAAGAGUUACAUCAGAGACGUUCUUAGAAAUGCAUAUAAGAGGUCAGAUGAAGAAUUUAAAAGAACUGUAAAACGACUUGUGCUACAAUAUCAUCCUGACAAACAUCAAGAAAACAAGGAGUAUUUCAACGAAUUAACAGUUUUUAUUUAUUUCAUAAAGAAAAGACUGGAAGAAGGACAGUCCGUAGAAGACAUUGACGUUUUUGAAAGUUUCAAUAGCUCUUCACAGACCCCAACAUCUGCGUUUGCAAGAAAUUGUUACAAUCGUGGAUCCUCUUAUGCACGAAGCCAGCGCAGUUAUCAGUCUCAUGGAGGAUCUAGUGAUUUCUUUAGACAAUUUUACUCCAGAGGUUCUCAACCGGGACAGGCAAGGAGGUGGUUUCGACAAGCAGAAUCUGAUCUUCGAGCUUCCUCUACUGAUAAGAUGCAGCAUGGUGCAUACAACUGGGCAUGUUACAAAUGCCAUCAGUCAGCAGAAAAGGCGCUCAAAGCAUUGUUAUUUCAAAUUGAUGCUGAUAAGGUAGAGCGCAUUCACAGUUUAGUUGCAAUCUCCUAUGGAAUUGAUGAUACUGAGGUAUCUGGACUUGCCUGUCAAUUGGAGGGAAUAACCGGGAAUUAUUUCCAGAUGCGGUAUCCAGAUGCUGUACCAGGAGGACACGGAAUGGCCACUCCCUCUGACAUUUACACUCAAAACCAGGCUGAACAAGCUGUUGAACUCGCAGGAAAAAUUCUGGAACUUGUGCGAAGAAAGAUUCCAAAUACUUAAUGAGAUUCGUGUGUAAGCAUGCAAAAAUGUAGUGCUUUUCUUUUAACAUAUUGAUGGACCCCUCUUUUGUUAGUUUUAUAUGAAGUAUAUGAUGUAUAUUAUCUAGAAAAAUUUCAGGUAUUUAGGUGAAAUUGUACAUGUAUAUAAAUGUUUUCCUGUUUAAUUUUUUAUAUAAUAUUGGACAAAAAAAUCAAUGUAAAUCCAAAUAUGUGUAUGGAAUGAAUCUGUGUUGAAAGUUGUUAUUAUUUUUUGUUUUAUCCAGGACGUGUACUAAGUUCUGUACAUGAAAUUGUUUGAUUGUUUGUACAGAUUUAAUAAUUUUGAUGUUUUAGACUAUAGUUUAAACCUUUUUUAUUGAAUUUCAAGGAUUUACAUGUAGGAAAUAUGCGCGAAAAUAUAAAUAUGUUUCCAAAAAAAAAAUGCAGUGAAAAAAUUACUAGUAUAAGUAAACUGUAUGCAUUUUAGUAUAUAACUCUUUGUAUUUGCUUCUCUUUGAAAGAAAUACCAUUGCUAAGUAUGCCUUAUAGAUUUUGUAUGUUUGAAAUAACAUUGUUUUGUUUAUAUUUUUUCUUCGAAUUUUUGUACAUAUGUAUUUUUUAAGACAUAACUUUGACAUCGGGCAAAAGUCAUUCUAUGCCAUUUAAAGCAUGGAUAAAAUACAAAAUAAUUAUAGUUUUCAAAACAACAUAAGUUUGUACUAGAUAUGUUUAAUUAAAUUGAUUGAUGAAAAUCAUUUAUUUGGUAAAAUAAGAAAUGUAAU